GCUAUAACGGUACACAUGUUGCUGUCGGAAAACGCGAGCGGUCCAAGUGGAAAUGUAGCCCAAUCCGUUCGCUUCAGGGUUUCCAUUUAAAGCGCUCCCUCGCACACACUAACACACCGAAACACCGACACACACACACUCUCUCGCAUCGUAACGCACACCGACGCGCACCCACACACACACGCACACACACCAUCGUACGCACAAGUGUUCUCGGCUCGAGCACGCACCACUACAGGCGCACAAGUGCGGUGUAUCUGUGUGAGUAGAAGAGGUGUUUGGCAUUGUGCUCAGAUACAGGAUUUAGUGGCCAAGUGCUUAAUAAAACCAUCAUAAACCCCAAAAGCGUCGAAAGUGAUAAAUGCAAAUUAUCCAUAAUGAAAUAUAACCAAUCGCAAAUGUGUGUGGCCUCAAGGAGCUAACGAUAAUCUCGACAAAUGGCCAAGUGAUUCCGCUCAGACGGCGUGUCUGUGGCUCAUUAGAAGAAACUAGCCAUUAGCUGGCCGAAACAAAAACAAAAAAAAAAAAAAAAAAAAAAGAACCCAAUCCUAAUCCAAAGCAAAACCAAAGUCAAGCAAAGCAAAGCAAACUAAAGCAGGGCAAUAAAAACAACAUGGAAUAUUGAAUGAAAUCGGCUGGCAUAUAUGCACAUACAUUAGCAGCUAAAGGAAAGCCAAUCGCCCCCGUUCGCCCACAAAUUCCGCAUCAUGGAUGAAAACGCGAUAAUCUAUCAAUGGCUAUGAGAAAGGUCAAAGGAAAAGUCUUAGCAAGCGAUAAGUUUGAGUAAAAGAGAAAGCGAAAAUCAUGCAUCACGAGGAAACGUACCAAGUAGUUUGCCGACUGAUUGAAAAGGAGGAGCCGGAGAAUCGGGAGCAGCCCAUCCGGAGAAGGGCCACCUCCCCCCAUCCAUUCCCCAGUUCCCAUGCCUGGAGGCAGUUGCUCCUGCCACUGCUCAUGUUGUCUGGGAUCAGCCAGGUGUUUGGCACAUACAUUGAACAGGAUGAACUCAUGCAGAAUCUGGACCGCCCCGUCCCCCUUACCACCGUGCAGGGCGUCCUUGGGCGGCAGGCGAUGCUGCCCUGCGACAUUUCGCCCCAGGAGCGGGAUGAUGCCGUCUACAUGGUCCUUUGGUUCCGCGAGGGCGAUGGCGAACCCAUCUACAAUUUCGAUGUGCGAGGUCGUCAGUUUGGACAAGCGCGUCUGUGGUCCUCGCCGUCGGCCUUCGGCACCCGCGCCCACUUCAGCAGCACCACCCACCCCGCCCAGCUGAAGAUCGAUAACAUUCGUAUCGAGGACGAAGGCGUCUAUCGGUGUCGCGUCGACUUUCGCAACUCGCCCACUCGGAAUCUGAAGAUCAACCUCACCGUCAUCGUGCCCCCGGACAAGCCCAUCAUCUAUGGUCAAAACAGGCACGAAAAGGCCGGAAAUGUGGAGUCCUUCAACGAGGGCAACGACAUCGUCCUGUCCUGCGAAGUCUCAGGAGGACGGCCGCGACCCAAUGUCACCUGGUACUUGGACAACACGGCCAUCGACGAGUCCUUUGAGCAGCGGCCCGAUGGCAAGACCAUUAACCACCUGAGCUACCCAAAUGUGGGCAGGCAGCACCUGAACUCGCGGCUAAUGUGCGUGGCCAGCAACACGAACUUGACGCCGCCGAACAACAAGGUCGUCAUCCUGGACGUGAAUCUGAAACCCAUCGCUGUGCACAUCCUCACCAAGGAUCGGUUCGUCUCCGCGGAUCGCACAUACGACGUGGAGUGCAAGAGCUCGGGAUCAAAACCGCCGGCACUCAUCACCUGGUGGAAGGGCACCAAGCAGCUGAAGAAGCUCACCAAGAACUUUAAUGAACCCGAUAAUCAAUCUCUAAGUAUACUGACGUUUACGCCCGGACGCGAGGACGAUGGCAAAUAUUUAACAUGUCGGGCAGAAAAUCAAUUCAUCGACGGCAGCGCCAUCGAGGACAAAUGGCGACUCAUUGUCCAUUACCAGCCCACCACCACGCUCAAGAUUGGCUCCUCGCUGAAUCCCGACGACAUCAAGGAGGGCGAUGAUGCGUAUUUCGAGUGCAUUGUGCUGGCGAACCCGAAGCCCUACAAGAUGUCCUGGUUCCAUAACGGCAAGGAGCUGCAGCACAACAUAUCCGCGGGCGUUAUCCUGUCAGAUCAGUCGCUGGUCCUGCAGAGCGUCUCACGUGCCUCGGCCGGCGACUACACCUGCCUGGCUGUCAACUCGGAGGGCAAGGGCCCCAGUAAUCCGGUCACAUUGCGCAUACGCUAUGCUCCGAUUUGUGCCACGGACCACGAGGAGCUGUUGGGGGCCCUCAAGCACGAGACCCUGCCCCUGAAGUGCGAGGUGGACUCCUCGCCGCCGGCGGACUCCUUCCACUGGACCUUCAACUCGUCCGGCGAGCAGACGGAACUGCCGGCCCGCCUGCACUCCAGCGAGACGGGCAUGUCGCGAUUGAACUACACGCCCAGCACGGACCUCGACUAUGGCACGAUAUCCUGCUGGGCCAAGAACUCCAUUGGCACGCAGAAGAGUCCCUGCGUAUUUCAGAUUGUGGCAGCUGGUCGGCCGUUUCCCCUGCAAAACUGCUCGGUGACCAAUCAGUCGGUGGAUUCGCUGCAAGUCGACUGCCUGGAGGGAUUCGAUGGAGGUCUGCCGCAGGGAUUCAUGCUCGAGCUGGUCGAGCUGAACACGUUGCGUCUGGCCAGGAACAUCACGGUUUCGCACACGCCGGUGACCUUUAUGAUAGAUAAUUUAGACCAGGCGGCCACCUAUCGCAUGGUGAUAUUCGCCGUUAAUGCCAAAGGUCGUUCGGAGCCCACCAUAAUCGACGACAUCAACUUCAAGGGCGUGGCCAAGUUCACAGGCGCCUCAACUGGCCUCUCGAUGCCCCUCUCCCCGUUCCUGGCCGGACUGACCCUCUUCUGCGGCCUGCUGUUCGCCAUCUUCUGCAUCAUGCUGGCGGCCAUCUACCGGAGGUUCUCCAAUCGGCGCAGCGACAGCAAUCUGAAGGUGGCCAAGCACACGCAGCUCACGAUUCCGGCGGACUGCCAGCUGGACCCGCUGCAUCCCGGGGUUCAGCCGGACGGAUCCGGCAACCACCAGCCGCACCACAGUCUCCUGCCCCUCAAUUGCGAUGGUCGCAACGCGGUCGACUGCGCCGCCCUGGGUGACAUGGGCGGGGGCGGGGGCGUGGGCGUGGGCGGAGGGGGCCUCGACGGCGGGAUGAAGGGCAGCGCGUCCAUUGGCCUGGUGGCCAUGUCCGGCGACACACUCCGCUCGACGGCCAGAACACGGCACAGUCCCAUGGCCGAGCAGGCCGACAUAGACGACACCGAUCCCGAUGUUAUACCAAAUCAGUAUGAAAAACGUCCGCUGAAGAGCCUGGUUUCCCCGCCGGGUUUUGCCAGCCCCUCGAAUCGCCUGAUGCAGCGCGAUUACCUCCGGGAAACGGAGCUCACGAAGGGCGGUGGCGACGGGGGACUGGGGGCAGCGGAGGGGCUGUCCAGCAUCGGACUGAUGAGCAGCUCCGGGAACGAGGUGCUCCACUACACCUUCCGGCCCAGCAAGCAGAUCAGCUAUGCUACACUGAACAAAAAGGGCAUCACCACCUGCAGUCCGCCGCUGGGCUCGCUGAACUACAAUGUGAGCACCUCGACGCCCUCAUCCUCGUACCACCUGACGCCGCAGCCCAUGGAGGUCAGUUUGCUGAGUCCAAACAAUCCGUCGGUGACGUCAUCGCUCAGCGAGUACCGAUUUCGCACCGGGCCGGAGAUCGUCACCACCUCGAAUCGCAUACAGGAAAGUUGUAUAUAAAGCUCUCACACCCAUACUUACUUCUGAGUGUACAAAAAAAACCAAAUGAUAUAGAGUGGCAAAUGUAUUAAUACAUGAGUAUCGUACCGCAUCGUAUCGAAUAAUAUCCUAGCAGCUAGACGUAUUUAUUCGCAUGGUUUGAGGAAAGACUUCUUCUAGCUCGUAAGCAUCUUGUGUACUUAAUGCAAUGCCAAAAGUGUAACUGCAAUACACUCGUUUUGUAAAUAA